UGUAGACGUUUGAACUUUUUUUUAGCGUGAGAGGCAAGUGUUCGUCUCUCCGCUGCCGCGGCGUCGCAAAGUUUUAUACUUUAUGAGAAGCUUUACUUAGUUCUGGUGCAGUCGGAAGCCGCGCUUAAUUCGUGCGGGACGCAGGAGGAUCCGCCUGGAUCGGGCGCUCUGGGGGGAAACAGCUGUUUAAAAGCAGCUUAUUAAUAACUUCGAAGAACAUCGGGAAGCUUUCCGUGCUGGUGUCGGUGCAAAAUCUGGUAAAUUUGCACGCGCUCCGCAUGUCCUAACGUCACCUCGCGGAUGCGCGCUCGCAAUCGCUGUUUAAACCUGCGGCUGCUGCUUUUACAAACGGCCCUAAAAACACGUCAAGUUUCGCGAUUCGUCUCGAUAGCGGCGAGAUUGGCGGCGGAUUUCAAGACGAAACCCCACGACGGCACUUUUCAGCUGCACCCCGAUCGCUUGUCCUUUUCCCCUCCCUUUAUCUUUUGUUGAAAGAAAAUCAGGAAGAAAAUGGAGCGCACAACAUCCCGUCCUAAAAAAAAAAAGCUAUAUUUCUGUCUCGGUUUGGGGGAAAAAACGAUGCAAAUCCCGAUUUUAUGCGCGGGCUUAACGUCGGCGUUCGCGGGAGGACGCGUCGUGCGCGCAUUUGUUUGCGAGCAUUUAUUUAUUUCAUUAAUGUGGCUUUUUAAUUGAGAUGGCCGCGAGAGAGAAGGCGACUGAAAAUGGUUGCGCGUUGUUACUGACGCACAGCACGCGAGGAAAUUCCUCUCCGCGGACGCUCGUCUGAGGUCCUGCGCAUGCAUCCCGCCAAGAAACUUUACGCACGCAUAUGUAUAUGUAUGGAAAUUCUAUAAGGCGCCAUUGCUUGCCGUUAUUUAGCGCUGGCACAGAUUUGGGGCAUUGGCAUAAAGGCUAUUAGACGGGGUGACGGAAUGAGACCAGCCCCCUGAACUGACGCGACAGUUUGACGGAUAAAGAGGGCAGAGCGGCGCAGAGAUGUGGCUAACAGGGCGGUGGAAGCCCUGUAAACAACUUUUACAACCAGAUCCGCUCCUGCUCGCCUUGAUAAGCUGCACAUCUGGAUGAGGUGUUGCAGGGGCUUCAGAACUGGACCUGGCACCUGGCUGGUUCAGCCACACAUUUCCAGCUUGGAGACUGUUGGAGGUGGUCAGGCAGAUUGCCUCCAUCAGAACACAACCUCUUUAAGUCAAGGAAGCAAAGCAUGGCAUAGACACAUCAACAAGUAUGGAUUCCCCACCAGAGAGUAUGCUGGCUCUUUCCAGUGAGCCCCCAUUGUCUCCUCCCUCCAUGCCAUCCCUGGACCACAGUCCCCAAUUCCUACCCCAGAGUCCUCAAUCUACCCCUUCUAGCCCUCAAACUGAACUCUAUACCCUUGUCUCACCAUGCCCUCUUCCAGAGGUCAGCCUCCAAGAUGAGGAGGAGGAUGAGGAGCUGUCAACUCCCCCAUCACCCACCCCAGCGGUGGCACUGUUUCCUGGUGAACUGGAGCUCGGCAGUCCCUCAUCGGAGAGCAGCCCCCCAGCCACACCCUUAACACCUUUUCCGGGUUUUGGAGCUCUGGAGCAGGCCAUUUCCUCUGGUCAAAGUACCACCUGCGAUGAUGAGUUGGAUCUUCAGCUUUUCAACAACGAGGGCAUGACUGUCCCUGGAGGGACUAGCUCUGGGCCUGCCCUAAGGUUUCCAUGCCAUGUGUGUGGAAAAAGGUUCCGCUUCCAGAGUAUUUUGUCCCUGCAUGCUCGAGCACACAGUUUAGAUAGGGAGCGUCGAGCUUCAGCUCCCUACCGAACCACACAUGCCAAACUGCAGCAGAAUCUCAACAACAGAGAGCCUGGUCUGAAACAGGGUCCAUUAUCUGGCUCAUUACAAAAGAGUAUGGAUGAGGACAUGGUUCCAGAAGAACCUCUUCAAACUGCUAGCAGCCCUCAGUUCCUCUUUGAAGGAACCACAGCCCUGACUCCACCUUUAACGGAGGAAGCCCCAAUCUCAACCUCCUUCUCUCCACUUGGCCAUGCCCACUUGGAAGACAACACUUCCUCUGCAGCUGCUUCUGCCUUCCGGUGUCAUGCCUGUAAGGGUAAGUUCCGUACAGCUUCAGAGCUGGCACGUCAUGUGAGAAUCCUCCACAACCCCUACAAAUGUACAAUGUGUCCCUUCUCAGCCAGUCAGGAGGAAAGCCUGGCUGCCCAUCUGCAGGAGAGCCACCCACCUGAAGAUCCUACCACUGAAACGGUUUUCCCUACUCACCCCAUAACAGCACCAACAGAGACUCCUCCCUCACAAAUGCCAGUUGUUCCAGCUUUCCGAUGUGAGACGUGCGGGCAGCGUUUUACUCAGUCCUGGUUUUUGAAGGGGCACAUGCGGAAGCACAAGGACUCAUUGGAUCACAAGUGCCAGGUGUGUGGCCGUGGCUUCAAGGAACCCUGGUUCUUAAAGAACCAUAUGAAAGUGCAUCUCAACAAGCUGGGCCUCAAGGCUGGAUUGGGAAAUCUGGGGCCGGGUGGACAUGAGCAAUCUAAAGGUCCUGCAAGCACACAAGUGCUGGGGGCCCUGUAUUCCAACUUGCUCCUGGCCCGCAGUAUGACAGGUGGCAGUGGUUCUGGAAGUCGCACAGAGAGGUCAGAUUCUAGUGCAGGCUCAAGCAAAUCUUCUAUAUUGGGUUAUCUGGGCUUACCCAAAGACGCUAGCAAUGGAAGUUGCAUGGAGCGCCUUCAGGCAGUGGCACAGGUUGCAGAAAUGGGUAAUGGAGGAGGACGGGGAAGUGAGGCAGCAGACGGAGCGGACCAGGCAGCCAUGUGGCAGCUGGUUGCUCGGAGUCUGGUGGCAGCACAGCACAACCAACAACAACAGCAGCAGCGAUCUCAUUCGCAGCAUCAGCUCCCUUCCACACGAGGCACAGUCGCAGGGGAAGCCAAGCAGAUGAGGGCCUACCUGGGUGGGCUGGGUUCUAGAGAGGAACUAGAGGGGUCUAGUCCACCUUGGGAGUGUCCAGAUUGCGGCAAGCUGUUUAGGAGUCUUCAGCAGGUGGUUGCUCAUGCCCGUGUCCAUGUCCAGAAACCACAGAAAGGUCAAAGCACCCGAGGGGGCAUGUCCAGGGAAGAGGACAUUAUAAACAGAGUCAGUGGAGCUCAGGCAACAGGUGGAAUAGGAGGAGGACAAAGAACUAGUGAUAAUGAAGGAAGGCAGGAGGGAAAGCAACUGCCAUCAGGAGUCGGGACAGCUGGGAGCUUCCAUUCUGUCAUAUCACAUCUUUCUGGUCAGAAUGGUCUGAGGGGAUCAUCCUCCUCCACUUCAUCUCCAAGGGAGCGUGUUCGGGGAACAGGGAUGAAGGAUUGCCCCUACUGUGGUAAAGCCUUCCGGUCUUCCCAUCACCUUAAAGUGCACCUUCGUGUACACACAGGUGAGAGACCAUACAAAUGCCCACACUGUGAUUAUGCUGGCACCCAGUCUGGUUCUCUCAAGUACCACCUUCAACGCCACCAUCGUGAGCAAAGGAAUGCUAUGGCAACCACCGCAAAUUCCCCAUCACCUAACCUCCCCUCUAUGACUGGCUCUCCUCAUGAAGGGGCCAAAAAGCGCCGUCUCCCCUCCAUAUCCCAGUCCUCUUUUGGGAGGAUUCCUGGAGAGGCUCCUUCUUCAAGGCACAGUCAGUCAUGGGCUGCAUCAGAAAAGAAGGAGGGUACGGCAGCAUCUGGACGUCAAAGAGAGGGAGACAUGGAGAGUCAGUAUCGCAGUCUAUCAGGGGUGAUGGGUACUCUCUUUGCCAGUGGUCUAGAACCAAGUUGGAUUGGGGAGGUGCCACCUCCAAAAAUGCCCAAAGUGUCUCGACGGAAACCCCUUACUACAAGCCGCAUGAUGUCAGCAAAUGGCUACCAAGGUGGGAUGACGUCCAGUGGGUCCCAGGAAGGAGGCUUUGAACCUCUGGACCUUUCCCGCCGCCCUUUACAAGAUGAAGGGGGAGUGAGUAGUUCUCUAGGUGGACCGUCAGGUGGCUCUAAAGGAGGGAAUGACAUCCUCAAUCAAUGCGUGUUCUGUCCCUUCCGUACCUCCUCUGUUGAGCUGAUGGCCAUGCACCUUCAGGUUAAUCACACCAGCAAAUCUCGUCGCAAGAGGGGAGCCCCUCUCGCUUCUACCAAUCAUUCUCCAAGACUCACUUUGGCCGGGCCAGACCGCAAUCCUCUGGCUCUGUGGAAGUUCCUCGGUGCAGAGGACGGAGUAGCAUCUCCUGAGGAUUGGGUCUCAUCAAAAACAAGAGCUGAGAACGGAGUCAGCCCAGAGAACAGGGACGCAGAGGACAGUUUUGAACUGGCCCCUGGACCUGUGGGGAGCGUCAGUGGGAAGGGACUUAAAAUGAGAGAGGACCUGGACGAGGAAGAGGAGGACGCAGAUGAGGAGGAGACUGACCUCGAUGCAAAUGGCAGCUUUGGAAAUGCACCCCAGAAUCAGAGCAUAAGGGCUCGGUCUGUUUCUUCAGACCUCACUGCUGAGGAUCUGCCCAACGAGGGAGAAGGCAUCUUGGGGAAAUAACGUAAAACAAGAGCCCUGGAUGAGUUUGGACUAGUGCUGUCAAAAGUACUGACUUCGGUACCAGUCAGUACUGAAAAUAUACAUUUGAGACCAGUUGCGCUGAAUCUUGGCCAUUGUGUUCACAUGCUCAAUAGAUAUGUGAUUGGCUGCAAAUGUAAUUGCUGAAUCAGCCAGUCAGCGAUGUUUAAGAAAUUGGCUCAACUGCGAUCACAUGUUAGCUGCAAUCUUCAGAAAUAUUAGUAACGACUGGUACCAAAGUUGGUACUUUUGAUAAAAAUAGUUCAGAUAUAGCGGCAGGGGGGAAAUCUUUGGGAAAUAGUUGUCCAGGGUCCCUCGUACAACGAUGUUGAAAAAAAACAGCAUAUGUUGGUUAGGUUUGGCAGCUAGUUUGAGCUGGUCCUUAGUUGAUCUCGAGCUGAUUUAAGCUGCUCCAAAGCAAAUAGCUCCUGCUCAGGACCAGCUUAAUCCAGCUCAAACCAGCUACCAUGCUUCAAAACUUAACCUAAUCAGCAUAUGUUGGUUUUUCAACAGGGAUUUCAAACCAAGGGCAGACCAGUCGCUAUGCUAACAUACUGUACAGUAUCAGUAAAAAGAUAACCUGCAAAAGUAUUUAAGUCAAACAUUUCCCUUAAUGUAUCCUCCUAGCCCCCCUUGGUUAGUGAUCGAUUACCUCUACACACACACACAGAGACUCUAAAUCACACAGAGAUAUCCAGUAUUGUAUGCUAGUCUAAGCCUGCCUGUUUUGGGGCCUUCUUGAACACUGUUCUCUUGUUCCUGUCUUCUCGUCAGUGAACGCAAUUGCCAAGUUGUAUUUCAUUUACAAUUUCCUUGCUCCUGUGAAUCUUGCUAUCAUCUCAACGAGGACCUGGAAUGUCAAUCUGGGGAGCCAGAAAAGCAAAAAAGAGACACUGUUCUUAGUCGCUACGAUAUAUACAGUAUUAAUGCUGAGAGAGACGGACAUCCUACUUCCACGUGAACUUGAUCUGACUACGCGUCUUCAGUAAACCAAAGGAGUGAGCACACUUCUUACCAUGCACCUGCCAGACUCUGAACAGAAUGCUGUGAUAACUGAAUGGUACUUGCGAAUCACCUCUAACCGAACAGGACAGAGUAAAGAUUAUAUUACCAGAUAUCCACACACUGCCAGUCUGCUCCGACGGGUCUUCUUCAGAUAUUAUAUGAAACAGAGAUUCUGCCUCUUCUAUAUGCUAUUUCUCUCAGUGCCUGUUGAUGUAAAAGGUUUUUUAGCGGAUUCAGCAACACAGGAAUAUAGUUACAGUCAAUAUAUACAGUAUAUAUGUGUAGUUGUGCUAGAGCGUAGAGUUCUGUGACAAUAUGGUGGCAGUUUGUGUGACUAUGUCUGCUGUGAAUGAAACAAUGAAUGAGCCCAGAGCACCACAUGUGGGAACAGCUGGCCAUUUGACAAGGGCCCUAUGGAAGUGUUUACGUUGCAGAUACCACCACUAGGAUUUCUGGGUGGAAUCCAGACCACCGUUACUACGGGAAGAGUAAUUUCAGGGUCGGAAAACAAAUCACAAUCUAGAAAAUGGAGACUCGGCAAUAUAUCCUUCAUAUUCCUGUAAUAUCUCAGAUUCCCAAACCAUCCGAGAGAGGAUGGAAAGUGGGUCUCUACUAAAACAUUCAGUAAGCUGUUUUUUUUAGACGUGAGUAGACUUUUUUUUUUAAAUAUCGAAAACUAAAAAAAGAGAAAACACACUAACAAAUUCAGACAUCCCAGUAGAACAUAUGUAGCUUUUGUAAAGAUAAGAGAUCAAAAAGAGGAAAAAAAUAUGUUGUUUUCCUUUUAAGAAGUGUUAAUGGAAACGAAUAUGGAGAAUAGUAAUAAGUAUUACAGUAUAAUAAUUAUGAAAGAAGACUGCUUCAGAAUGUCUUUAGAGCACUGUGCAAAGUUUCUUUUCCUUUCGUUUCGCCUUUAAAUGCAGACCAAACGUUGUUCUUUUCCCCCAAACCAUUUCUUCACAAUGCUGCAGAUUAAAUUCCAGUUUCCUUAAAUGAUGCGUUUAUGUAUUCACCAAUCAACAAAUCAAUCGUUCGGACACACAAUCAAUGUUAAAGCUUGCCUGAUGAUCUUGAAACUUCAGUGAUUGCUAAUAUAUUUAUAAGCUGAUGCUGAAAUCGUGUCCAAGACACGUCCCAGUAUCGGCAUUGUCAGUCUGACUGAUCUGCUUGCCAAAUUUGAUUUGAUGUAAUCGUGUCGCAUUUUUCGAUGUGAAAUUAGCACAUCUUACAAACGAUGAUCUACUUUCCUCGUCCAACUCUGUGAAAUCAUGUCCAUCGGGUCAUCUCAUUUUUAUCGUUAGACACCGAGUAGGCGGUACUUUUGUCUGGUGAUUGACAGAGGCUGGCCUUAAUACGUGCGUUAUCGUGUCCUUGUUUCGUGUGUAGAUUAUCUUACACGUUCAGUAGCCCCUGAUGUGGUGUUCCUUUGAGAUAACAGUCAAGCCACUGUGCCUUCUGUCCUGAGCACUUCCUCAAGUAUUUUGUAAGCUCACCAAAAGCACUUAGCCCCUACUGUUUCACUUUGUAUUCUUUGGUAAACUGCUCUGUAUGUCUCUGUAUCUGAUCCUCUGUUUUGUAGGGGUCAUUUCCAUUUCAUAAUGAUGAGUGUCAUUCCAUCAUUCGUGCGUGCUGUUGCAUCUCCUGCUUUCCCCCCUUCCCUUUAGUGUAUGCACCACUGAAAGCUUACGUACUAUCUAGCUCCGAGGCCUUUUUUAGAAAUUACUUUGAUUUCUACGAUGUUACUUUCAUGCCGAUGAGAUGAAAUCAAGCUCUUCUGCUCAUAAUUAUUAUUAUCAUUGUUCUUUUUGUUUUAUGGAAGAAAAAAAUAAGCAAAAAAAAAAAAAAAAAAAAAAAAACAUGAAUAAAAUGUGUCUCUUGAAUGUUGUACAGAUAGAACUAGAGAUGUUGUGUUUCUAAGGAGAGAUCAAACCGGGAAACCUGCUCUCCAUCGCUCCCUGCACAGCCAAACAUCUGCAUCAGCAACGAUGUGGCUCUUUUAGGACGGCCUAACUGUGUACAGGGAUCAGGGCAAUAGUUUUGUUUUGUGUGUUUGUGAGUGCGUGCGUGUGCACUGAUGUCUUAAAAAUAAAUAUUUUGUGAAGAUAUACUGACACUGUGAAAUAAGCAUAAAGUAUUCCCAAACAGUGAUGUGCUGCUCAAAAAUUUCACUACGUUUGACAUGCACUUUUUUUUCCUUUUGUUAUUGUCGUUCCACCAGAAGUGUGCGAAUUCAUAAAUAUUAUCCGGUGAGAGGGGAGAGGUGGGGAGAAGGUCUGGUUUGGUCUUUUCAGUAGAUGACUGCUGUUGGUGGCAGAGGAAGGUGAUCUAACAUAGUAGUGACUAAUAUGAAAUUGUGGAUUGAGAAAAAAAAAAAAAAAAAAAAAAAAAAGAGUAGAAAAGAAUCAAUAAAAAUAAUA